GUGUCUGCGCCCUGAGUGGACUGCGUUAUCAUAACGAAGCCAUUUCUGCUUUUAAUCUCAGCGGAGAAAAGUGGAAAAACCCUUCUAAACCGAACCUCGGUGUCCUCGUCGCCACGUGCGCCGUGCUGCUGAUGUUAACGCGGCCAAAGCGUGAAGGGUUCAGUAAACGUCAGGAGCUGAGGCACAGCAGCCGCUGGAGCCCGAGUGAAAGUGAAAGCAGCGCGAGCUACGGGGGUUUUCGUGUUGCUUUCACGCGCUCACUGGCGUCGCGCGCAGAGGAUCAGCUCGCGCCUCUCUUAUGCCGGGAAGUCGUAAGAGGACGUGAAUGCAGAUUUACUCCACAGACAUUAAACUGGGAGAGAAAACAGAACACGUAAAGAAGUGACUGUGAGAGACUGGAAGAGCAGUCUGCUCCUUCAGAUAACUCAGAUCAUGGCUGUGGAGGCUGUUCUGCUGCUCACUCUGAUGUCUGUCUCUCUGAGAAACACUCAGAGUGAGAUGAUCAGUGUGGAAUGCCAGCCUGCAGUUGGAGUUGUUGGGCAGAACACAGAGAUCUCCUGCUCUUUCAAGAAGACUUUUGGAGCAAGUCAAAUUAUUAUUAUUGCAGGGUCUGUAACUAAGAGAGGAGAAACAGAACCACUGUUCUGGUUUAAGAAUAAUACAGUUUACGGAGAUGAUCGAUUUAAACUUCCUUCUAUAAAUGAUCCAUCUUUACUGCUCGCUCACACUGCUGUCUCUGAUGAAGGCCAAUAUGAUUACACUGUUGUAACCAUUAAUGGCAUUAAAGAAGAAACAUUCAGGAUCAGCGUUACAGCCAAGUACAACCCACCAUCCAUCAGCUCAUGGCCAGAAAAGAUUGAAGAGGGCGGCCCUGCUGAACUUAACUGCAAUGCUAGUGGUGGCUAUCCAGCAGGAGCCAUUCACUGGUUUGGCAGCAAAAACACCAACUGGACGAAGAACGCCACACUGAAGAUCACAGAGAGAGAGGACAAACUGGUACAUCUGUCCAGCAAACUGAUCUUCAGCAGCAUUGACUCGAGCUCGGAGCCCUUCAGGUGUGUUGUUCUCAACAGCAAAUUCGUCCAAGAAUGGGAGAGCACGUUCCCUCUGAAGUUCACAGGUGGUGAAGGUCAUUCAGGCACUAAGUGGGGCAGUAUUACUGCUGGCUUGUUAGUCAUUGGCCUCAUCAUCGUGGGACUCCUGUUAGCCCUCCUGUACCGCAGAAGACACAUUCAGCAAGCCCGAAGACCUUCCGCUCAACCUAUUCUAAGGGGUUUUCCUGGACAUACCAGACAGGCUGAGGCUGAUGCUGAGGCUGAUGCUGAUACUGAUGCUGAUGAAGCAGACAAUCCACUGAAGCCAAACGGAGACGCUGAAAUGAAGACAUAAAUUCAGCAUCGUACCGAGGACAUCAUUAAAAGAGAAUUCCUGCAUUCUUCCAACUUAAUCUCUUUUUCUCUUGUGUCUGUAGGAUACACUUUUAUCUACUUCUGUGUUGAUUCUAAACAUACUUAUAAUAGAAGUCACUGUUCAGGUUCCCAUUGGCUUCUGUUAUAAACCAAGUUACAGUUUUCUCUAUUAUAAACCAGCUUUCUGUUAUUUUGCUAACUACACUGAAGAGAGAGUAUUCUAACAUUCUAACACUGGGCAGUCAAGUGGUAAAGUUUGAUUUUUUUUUUUUGUUUUUUUUUUGCUGAUAAAACACUUCUAGUUCCAUUCUUUUUUCCCGAGAUUGAACUUCUGCUUUCUUAAAAUCACUUCCUCACUUCUGCAUUAACCAUAUCUUUCUUUAAAGGAACAGCUCAUCUCCCCUGCCACUGCAGAGGAAAAAUACACUACAUGGACAAAAGUAUUGAGACACCUACACAUUACACCUACAGGAGCCUUUAUGACUCCCAUUCUAAAUCCAUAGGCAUUAAUAUGGAGUUGUUCCCCCCUUUGCAGCUAUAACAG